CAGCGCCUGCACUGGAAAUGGUCACUGAAUGCAGCCUGCAGUUGCCGGGGGUUUUGAGUUCUCUCUGACACCAGCAAGCCAGCCAGCAGAUGGGGAGAACUGGUGAGGGGCGUGUAAGGGAACUGAGCAGAGGAGCCAAGGAUCAUCUUGAUGAAUUGCCCACAUUAGUGUACCCCUGGGAGCCCUGGACAGAGUGCAGAGGGCAAGGACGGGCCCACUGACAGCAGUAACUGUAGAGCUGAGAUGGGGAAUGCAGCCCUCUGCUCUUCUUGCCAUGCGGAUAAGAGCAUAAGAGCACAAGGAAACAUGCAGGAAUUGGAUAAAACCCCAGACUACUAUGGCUGUAACAGUGAGGACGUCAAAGAACCUGGGGUGUGGGUGACAUGCCCCCAGAUGAAACCAGAGGCUGCCAACAUUGAAAAGUCUGACAGCAACGCGAGCUUCCUCCGUGCUGCCAGAGCAGGCAACCUGGACAAAGUCGUGGAAUAUCUGAAGGGGGGCAUAGACAUCAAUACCUGCAAUCAGAAUGGACUCAACGCUCUCCAUCUGGCUGCCAAGGAAGGCCACGUGGGGCUGGUGCAGGAGCUGCUGGGAAGAGGAUCCUCUGUGGAUUCUGCCACUAAGAAAGGAAAUACCGCUCUUCACAUUGCAUCUUUGGCUGGACAAGCAGAAGUUGUCAAAGUUCUUGUUAAGGAAGGAGCCAAUAUUAAUGCACAGUCUCAGAAUGGCUUUACUCCUUUAUACAUGGCUGCCCAAGAGAAUCACAUUGAUGUUGUGAAAUAUUUGUUGGAAAAUGGAGCUAAUCAGAGCACUGCUACAGAGGAUGGCUUUACUCCUCUAGCUGUGGCACUCCAGCAAGGACACAACCAGGCAGUGGCCAUCCUCUUGGAAAAUGACACCAAAGGGAAAGUGAGACUGCCAGCUCUGCAUAUUGCCGCUAGGAAAGACGACACCAAAUCUGCCGCACUCCUUCUUCAGAAUGACCACAAUGCUGACGUACAAUCCAAGAUGAUGGUGAAUAGGACAACUGAGAGUGGUUUUACCCCUUUGCACAUAGCUGCACAUUAUGGAAAUGUCAACGUGGCAACUCUUCUUCUAAACCGGGGAGCUGCUGUGGACUUCACAGCCAGGAAUGGAAUCACUCCUCUGCAUGUGGCUUCCAAAAGGGGAAAUACAAACAUGGUGAAACUCUUACUGGAUCGAGGCGGUCAGAUCGAUGCCAAAACUAGGGAUGGGUUGACACCACUUCACUGUGCUGCACGAAGUGGGCAUGACCAAGUGGUGGAACUUCUGUUGGAACGGGGUGCUCCCUUGCUGGCAAGGACUAAGAAUGGGCUGUCUCCACUACACAUGGCUGCCCAGGGAGACCACGUGGAAUGUGUGAAGCACCUGUUACAGCACAAGGCUCCUGUUGAUGAUGUCACCCUAGACUACCUGACAGCCCUCCACGUUGCUGCGCACUGUGGCCACUACCGCGUAACCAAACUCCUUUUGGACAAGAGAGCCAAUCCGAAUGCCAGAGCCCUGAAUGGUUUUACUCCACUGCACAUUGCCUGCAAGAAAAACCGCAUCAAAGUCAUGGAACUGCUGGUGAAAUAUGGGGCUUCAAUCCAAGCUAUAACAGAGUCUGGCCUCACACCAAUACAUGUGGCUGCCUUCAUGGGCCACUUGAACAUUGUCCUCCUUCUGCUGCAGAACGGAGCCUCUCCAGAUGUCACUAACAUUCGUGGGGAGACGGCACUACACAUGGCAGCCCGAGCCGGGCAGGUGGAAGUGGUCCGAUGCCUCCUGAGAAAUGGUGCCCUUGUUGAUGCCAGAGCCAGGGAGGAACAGACACCUUUACAUAUUGCCUCCCGCCUGGGUAAAACAGAAAUUGUCCAGCUGCUUCUACAACAUAUGGCUCAUCCAGAUGCGGCCACUACAAAUGGGUACACACCACUGCACAUCUCUGCCCGGGAGGGCCAGGUGGAUGUGGCGUCAGUCCUAUUGGAAGCAGGAGCAGCCCACUCCUUAGCUACCAAGAAGGGUUUUACUCCCUUGCAUGUAGCCGCCAAAUAUGGAAGCCUGGACGUGGCAAAACUUCUCUUGCAACGCCGUGCUGCCGCAGAUUCUGCAGGGAAGAAUGGCCUUACCCCGCUCCAUGUUGCUGCUCAUUAUGACAACCAGAAGGUGGCGCUGCUGUUACUGGAGAAGGGUGCUUCCCCUCAUGCCACUGCCAAGAAUGGCUAUACUCCUUUACAUAUUGCUGCCAAGAAGAAUCAAAUGCAGAUAGCUUCCACACUCCUGAACUAUGGAGCAGAGACAAACAUUGUGACAAAGCAAGGAGUAACUCCACUCCAUCUGGCCUCGCAGGAGGGGCACACAGAUAUGGUUACCUUGCUUCUGGAUAAGGGCGCCAAUAUCCACAUGUCAACCAAGAGCGGACUCACAUCCUUACACCUUGCAGCCCAGGAAGAUAAAGUGAAUGUUGCUGAUAUUCUCACCAAGCAUGGAGCUGAUCAGGAUGCACAUACAAAGCUUGGCUACACACCUUUAAUUGUGGCCUGUCACUAUGGAAAUGUGAAAAUGGUGAACUUUCUUCUGAAGCAGGGAGCAAAUGUUAACGCAAAAACCAAGAAUGGCUACACGCCUUUGCACCAGGCCGCGCAGCAGGGUCACACGCACAUCAUCAACGUCCUGCUCCAGCAUGGGGCCAAGCCCAACGCCACCACCGCGAAUGGCAACACUGCCUUGGCGAUUGCUAAGCGUCUGGGCUACAUCUCCGUGGUCGACACCCUGAAGGUUGUGACCGAGGAGGUCACCACCACCACCACAACUAUUACAGAAAAACACAAACUAAAUGUUCCUGAGACGAUGACUGAGGUUCUUGAUGUUUCUGAUGAAGAGGCUCUUAAACAGUUUGGUGACCACUUUAUUGAUGGGGAGGCACUUAGUGAUUCAGGUGAUGACACAAUGACUGGUGAUGGGGGAGAAUACCUUAGGCCUGAGGACCUAAAAGAACUGGGUGAUGACUCACUACCCAGCAGUCAGUUCCUGGAUGGUAUGAAUUACCUGCGAUACAGCUUGGAGGGAGGACGAUCUGACAGCACCAUGCCCAGUUCCGACAGGUCUCACACUCUGAGCCAUGCCUCCUACCUGAGGGACAGUGCCGUGAUGGAUGACUCAGUUGUGAUUCCCAGUCACCAGGUGUCAACUCUAGCCAAGGAGGCAGAAAGGAAUUCUUAUCGCCUAAGCUGGGGCACUGAGAACUUAGACAACGUGGCUCUUUCUUCCAGUCCUAUUCAUUCAGGCCGCGCCUCUCCAUGUCUUGAUCGUGACAACAGCAGUUUCCUGGUUAGUUUUAUGGUGGAUGCCCGAGGUGGUGCUAUGCGAGGAUGCAGACACAAUGGGCUCCGGAUCAUUAUUCCACCUCGGAAAUGUACUGCUCCAACACGAGUCACCUGUCGACUGGUCAAGCGCCACAGACUGGCAACAAUGCCUCCAAUGGUGGAAGGAGAAGGCCUGGCCAGUCGCCUGAUCGAAGUUGGACCUUCUGGUGCUCAGUUCCUUGGUAAACUUCACCUGCCAACGGCUCCUCCCCCACUUAAUGAGGGAGAAAGUUUGGUCAGCCGCAUUCUUCAGCUGGGGCCUCCUGGAACCAAAUUCCUUGGGCCUGUGAUCGUGGAGAUCCCUCACUUUGCGGCUCUUCGAGGAAAGGAAAGGGAACUGGUGGUCCUGCGCAGUGAGAAUGGGGACAGCUGGAAAGAGCAUUUCUGUGACUACACUGAAGAUGAGUUGAAUGAAAUUCUUAAUGGCAUGGAUGAAGUACUGGAUAGCCCGGAAGACCUAGAAAAGAAACGAAUCUGCCGCAUCAUCACCCGAGACUUCCCACAGUACUUUGCAGUGGUGUCUCGUAUCAAACAGGACAGCAAUCUGAUUGGCCCAGAAGGAGGUGUGCUGAGCAGCACAGUGGUGCCCCAGGUGCAAGCCGUCUUCCCAGAGGGGGCACUCACCAAGCGGAUCCGCGUAGGCCUGCAGGCUCAACCUAUGCACACUGAGCUGGUUAAGAAGAUCCUAGGCAAUAAAGCUACCUUCAGCCCUAUAGUCACUUUGGAACCUAGAAGAAGAAAAUUCCACAAACCAAUUACCAUGACCAUUCCUGUCCCCAAAGCUUCAAGUGAUGUCAUGUUGAAUGGUUUUGGGGGAGAUGCACCAACCUUAAGAUUACUAUGCAGCAUAACAGGUGGAACCACCCCUGCUCAGUGGGAAGAUAUUACAGGAACUACGCCAUUAACAUUUGUCAAUGAAUGUGUUUCCUUUACAACAAACGUGUCUGCCAGGUUCUGGCUGAUAGAUUGUCGACAGAUCCAGGAAUCCGUCACUUUUGCAUCACAAGUAUAUAGAGAAAUUAUCUGCGUACCUUAUAUGGCCAAAUUUGUAGUGUUUGCCAAGUCACAUGACCCAAUUGAAGCCAGGUUGAGAUGUUUCUGCAUGACUGAUGAUAAAGUAGAUAAGACCCUUGAACAACAAGAAAAUUUUGCUGAGGUGGCCAGAAGCAGGGAUGUGGAGGUGUUAGAAGGAAAACCCAUCUAUGUUGAUUGUUUCGGCAACUUGGUGCCAUUAACUAAAAGUGGCCAGCAUCAUAUAUUCAGUUUUUUUGCCUUCAAAGAAAAUAGACUUCCUCUAUUUGUCAAGGUACGCGAUACGACUCAGGAACCCUGCGGACGACUAUCAUUUAUGAAGGAGCCAAAAUCCACAAGAGGCCUGGUGCAUCAAGCUAUUUGCAACUUAAACAUCACUUUGCCGAUUUAUACAAAGGAAUCAGAGUCAGAUCAAGAACAGGAGGAAGAGAUCGAUAUGACAUCAGAAAAAAAUGAUGAGACAGAAUCUACAGAAACAUCUGUCCUGAAAAGUCACCUCGUUAAUGAAGUUCCUGUCCUAGCAAGUCCGGACUUGCUCUCUGAAGUUUCUGAGAUGAAACAAGAUUUGAUCAAAAUGACCGCCAUCUUGACCACAGAUGUGUCUGAUAAGGCAGGUUCUCUUAAAGUGAAGGAGCUGGUGAAGGCUGCUGAGGAAGAGCCAGGAGAGCCUUUUGAAAUCGUUGAAAGAGUUAAAGAGGACUUAGAGAAAGUGAAUGAAAUCCUGAGAAGUGGAACCUGCACAAGAGAUGAAGGCAGUGUGCAGAGCUCUCGGUCUGAGAGAGGAUUAGUGGAAGAGGAAUGGGUUAUUGUCAGUGAUGAGGAAAUAGAAGAGGCUAGGCAAAAAGCACCUUUAGAAAUCACUGAAUAUCCAUGUGUAGAAGUUAGAAUAGAUAAAGAGAUAAAAGGAAAAGUAGAGAAAGACUCAGAGCAGCUACAGACAGUUCAAGAUAAGGCAGGGAAGAAACGUGAGGCUCUGGCUGUUGGCAAGAGCUCUGAAAAGGAAGGGAAAGACAUACCCCCAGAUGAGACACAGAGUACACAGAAACAGCAAAAACCAAGCUUGGGAAUAAAGAAGCCAGUAAGAAGGAAAUUAAAAGAAAAGCAGAAACAAAAAGAGGAAGGUUUACAAGCUAGUGCAGAGAAAGCUGAACUUAAAAAAGGUAGUUCAGAAGAGUCAUUAGAUGAAGACCCAGGUUUAGCCCCUGAACCUCUUCCCACUGUCAAGGCCACAUCUCCUUUGAUAGAAGAAACUCCCAUUGGUUCCAUAAAGGACAAAGUAAAGGCCCUUCAGAAGCGAGUGGAAGAUGAACAGAAAGGUCGAAGCAAGUUGCCCAUCAGAGUCAAAGGCAAGGAGGACGUGCCAAAAAAGACCACUCACAGGACACAUCCAGCGGCAUCACCCUCUCUGAAGACAGAGAGACAUGCGCCAGGGUCUCCCUCCUCUAAAACAGAAAGACACUCUGCUCUUUCCUCUUCUGCCAAAACUGAAAGGUACCCUCCAGUAUCACCAUCAAGUAAAACUGAGAAACACUCACCUGUGUCUCCCUCUGCAAAAACGGAAAGACAUUCACCUAUGUCAUCUUCGAGUAAAACUGAGAAACACUCACCUGUGUCACCCUCGACUAAAACUGAAAGGCACUCCCCUGUGUCAUCUACAAAAACAGAAAGACACCCACCCGUUUCACCUUCAGGCAAAACAGACAAACGUCCACCCGUAUCGCCCUCCGGGAGAACAGAAAAACACCCGCCAGUAUCGCCUGGGAGAACAGAAAAACGCUUGCCUGUUUCACCGUCCGGAAGAACGGACAAGCACCAACCUGUAUCAACAGCUGGGAAAACCGAAAAGCACCUGCCUAUGUCACCUUCUGGCAAAACAGAAAAGCAACCACCUGUAUCCCCCACUUCAAAAACAGAGAGGAUCGAAGAAACCAUGUCUGUUCGGGAGCUGAUGAAGGCUUUCCAGUCAGGUCAGGACCCUUCUAAACAUAAAACUGGACUCUUUGAGCACAAAUCAGCAAAACAAAAGCAGCCACAAGAGAAAGGUAAAGUUCGGAUAGAAAAAGAAAAGGGGCCGAUACUAACCCAGAGAGAAACUCAGAAAACAGAGAAUCAGACAAUCAAACGAGGCCAGAGACUCCCGGUAACGGGCACGACGGAAUCCAAAAGAGGAGUUCGUGCUUCCUCUAUAGGAGUUAAGAAAGAAGAUGCAGCUGGAGAAAAGGAGAAAAUUCUGAGUCGCAAAAUACCUGAACCUGUUCAGUCAGCACCUGAAGGAGAAAGCCACAGAGAGAGCGAAGUCCCCAAAGAAAAGAUGGCUGAUGAGCAGGGAGACAUGGAUCUCCAGAUCAGCCCAGAUAGGAAAACCUCCACUGACUUCUCUGAGGUCAUUAAGCAAGAGUUGGAAGACAAUGACAAAUACCAACAAUUUUGCCUGAGUGAGGAGACAGAAAAGGCACAGCUUCAUUUAGACCAAGUACUCACUAGUCCUUUCAAUACGACAUUUCCACUCGACUACAUGAAAGAUGAGUUCCUUCCAGCUCUGUCUUUACAAAGCGGUGCUUUAGAUGGCAGUUCUGAAAGCCUAAAGAAUGAGGGGGUAGCCGGCUCUCCGUGCGGCAGUCUGAUGGAGGGGACCCCUCAGAUUAGUUCGGAAGAAAGCUAUAAGCAUGAGGGCCUAGCAGAGACCCCUGAGACAAGCCCAGAAAGCCUUUCUUUCUCACCAAAGAAAAGUGAGGAGCAAAUUGGGGAAACAAAGGAAAGCACCAAGAUAGAAACCACCACAGAAAUUCAUUCAGAAAAAGAGCAUCCCACAACCAAAGACAUUACUGGUGGCUCUGAAGAGCGAGGUGCCACAGUCACUGAGGGCUCGGAGACCUCUACUGAGGGUUUUCAGAAAGAGGCCACUCUAGGCUCUCCCAAAGACACAAGCGCUAAAAGAAAAGAUGAUUGCACAGGUAGCUGUAGUGUAGCAUUAGCUAAAGAGACACCCACAGGACUGACUGAGGAGGCAGCCUGUGAUGAAGAUCAACCUACCUUUGGUAGUUCAGACCACAAGACACAAGCUGAUAGUGAGGCUCAGGAAUCCACAGCCACCUCAGAUGAGACAAAGGCCUCGCCGCUGCCUGGGGCUUCUGUAAAGACAGAUACAGGAACUGAAUCAAAGCCUCAGGGAGUCAUUAGAAGUCCCCAAGGGUUAGAACUUGCACUCCCUAGCCGAGAUAGCGAAGUCCUCAGUGCUGUGGCUGAUGACUCAUUAGCAGUGAGCCACAAAGACUCUCUGGAAGCCAGCCCUGUGCUAGAAGAUAACUCUUCACACAAAACCCCUGAUUCUCUGGAGCCAAGUCCUCUGAAAGAAUCCCCUUGCCGUGACUCUCUGGAAAGCAGCCCUGUUGAACCAAAGAUGAAGGCUGGAAUUUUUCCAAGUCACUUUCCUCUUCCUGCAGCUGUUGCCAAAACAGAACUCUUGAUGGAAGUAGCCUCUGUGCGGUCCCGGCUACUCCGAGACCCUGACGGCAGUGCUGAGGAUGACAGUCUUGAGCAGACAUCGCUCAUGGAGAGCUCAGGGAAGAGUCCCCUUUCUCCCGACACUCCCAGCUCCGAAGAAGUCAGCUAUGAGGUUACACCCAAAACCUCAGAUGUAAGUACACCAAAACCAGCUGUGAUUCAUGAAUGUGCAGAGGAGGAUGAUUCAGAAAACGGGGAGAAAAAGAGGUUCACACCUGAAGAGGAGAUGUUUAAAAUGGUAACCAAAAUCAAAAUGUUCGAUGAACUUGAACAAGAAGCAAAGCAGAAAAGGGACUACAAAAAAGAACCCAAACAAGAAGAAUCCUCUUCAUCCUCUGACCCAGAUGCAGACUGUUCAGUAGACGUGGAUGAACCGAAAUGUACAGGCAGUGGGGAGGAUGAAAGUGGUGUCCCUGGGUUAGUAACUUCAGAGAGCAGGAAGGUGUCUUCCUCCUCAGAAAGUGAACCUGAGUUGACACAGCUAAAAAAAGGUGCUGACUCAGGCCUCUUACCAGAACCAGUGAUUCGAGUGCAACCUCCUUCACCACUUCCAUCAAGCAUAGACUCCAAUUCUAGUCCAGAAGAAGUACAAUUCCAGCCUAUUGUUUCCAAACAAUAUACUUUCAAGAUGAAUGAAGAGAUUCAGGAAGAGCCAGGUAAAUCAGAAGGAGAAAAAGAUUCUGAAUCCCAUUUAGCUGAAGACAGUCACGCUGUUUCCACUGAAGCUGCAGAUAAUUCUUUUGAUAAGCUAAACAGAGACACUGAUCAGCCAGAAAUCUGUGGUGGCCAUGGGUGUGAGGCCAUGAGUCCUAGCAGCUCAGCUGCUCCUGUCUCUUCAGGUCUGCAGAGUCCAACUGAUGAUGAUAUUGAUGAACAGCCAGUCAUCUAUAAAGAAUCAUUAGCUCUCCAAGGCAGUCAUGAAAAAGACACAGAAGGAGAAGAGCUUGAUGUUUCUAGAGCAGAAUCUCCACGAGUAGAUUGCCCCAGUGAAGGCUUUUCACCUUCGUCCUCUUUGCCUCAUUGUUUGGUAUCUGAAGGAAAAGAAUUAGAUGAAGACAUAUCCACCACAUCUUCUAUUCAAAAAACAGAAAUCACAAAAACUGAUGAAACAUUUGAGAACUUACCAAAGGACUGCCCCACUCAAGACUCAUCCAUUACUACUCAAACAGAUAGAUUUUCCAUGGAUGUUCCUGUGUCCGACCUAGCUGAGACGGAUGAAAUCUAUGAUCGCCAAAUAACUAGCCCUUAUGAAAAUGUCCCUUCCCAAUCUUUUUUCUCUAGUGAAGAAAGCAAAACCCAAACAGAUGCAAAUCACACCACAAGUUUUCACUCUUCUGAAGUGUAUUCUGUUACCAUGACAUCCCCUGUUGAAGACGUUGUGGUGGCAAGCUCCUCUAGUGGAACUGUUUUAAGCAAAGAAUCUAAUUUUGAGGUCCAGGACAUAAAAGUGGAAUCCCAACAAGAAAGUACCUUGUGGGAAAUGCAAUCAGACAAUGCCUCUUCAUCUUUCGAGCCUACUAUGUCAGCUACAACAGCAGUUGUUGGUGAACAAAUAAGCAAAGUCAUCAUCACAAAAACUGAUGUGGAUUCUGAUUCUUGGAGUGAAAUUCGGGAAGAUGAUGAAGCUUUUGAGGCUCGUGUGAAAGAGGAAGAACAAAAGAUAUUUGGUUUGAUGGUAGACAGACAAUCACAGGGUACCACCCCUGACACCACUCCUGCUAGGACCCCAACUGAAGAGGGGACCCCAACAAGUGAGCAAAACCCAUUUCUGUUUCAGGAAGGAAAAUUGUUUGAAAUGACCCGAAGUGGUGCCAUUGAUAUGACCAAAAGGUCGUAUGCAGAUGAAAGUUUUCACUUUUUCCAAAUUGGUCAAGAAUCCAGGGAAGAGACUCUCUCUGAAGAUGUGCAAGAAGGGGCUACUGGGGCUGAGCCCCUACCGCUGGAGACAUCAACUGAAUCACUAGCACUUCCAGAAUCAAAAGAAACAGUGGAUGAUGAGGCAGACUUACUUCCAGAUGACCUGAGUGAGGAAGUAGAGGAAAUACCUGCUUCGGAUACUCAACUUAACCCCCAAAUGGGGAUUUCAGCCUCCCCUGAAACACCGACAAAAGAGGCUGUUAGUGUAGGGACCAAGGACCUCCCCACCAUGCAAACGGGUGAUAUGCCUCCUCUGUCUGGUGUAAAGCAGAUAUCCUGCCCCGACUCUUCUGAACCAGUUGCACAAGUCCAGUUAGAUUUUUCCACAGUCACCAGGUCUGUUUAUUCAGAUAGGGGUGGUGAUUCUCCCGAUUCUUCCCCAGAAGAACAGAAAUCAGUAAUUGAAAUUCCUACUGCACCCAUGGAGAAUGUGCCUUCUACUGAAAGCAAAUCCAAAAUUCCUGUAAGGACUAUGCCCACUUACACCCCAGCACCUCCAUCUGCAGAGUAUGAGAGUUCCCUUUCUGAAGAUUUGCUAUCCAGUGUAGAUGAGGAAAAUAAUGAGGAUGAAGCAAAACCAAAGUCCAAACUCCCUGUCAAAGUACCCCUCCAAAGAGUUGAACAGCAGCUCUCAGAUCUAGACACCCCUGUCCAGGAGACAGUGGCUCCUCAGGGACAGGACAUGACAAGCAUCGCACCAGAUAAUAGAAGCAAAUCUGAAUCUGAUGCUAGUUCUUUGGACUCAAAGACCAAAUGCCCAGUAAAAACCAGAAGUUACACUGAGACAGAAACAGAGAGCAGAGAAAGGGCAGAGGAACUUGAGUUAGAAUCAGAAGAAGGGGCCACAAGACCAAAGAUACUUACAUCCCGAUUGCCAGUUAAGAGCAGAAGCACCACAUCUUCCUGCAGGGGUGGCACAAGCCCAACAAAAGAAAGUAAAGAGCAUUUCUUUGACCUUUACAGAAAUUCCAUAGAAUUCUUUGAGGAGAUUAGUGAUGAGGCUUCCAAGUUAGUGGAUAGGCUGACACAGUCAGAGAGGGAGCAGGAACUAGUUUCAGACGAUGAAAGUAGUAGUGCCCUGGAAGUAUCAGUAAUUGAAAAUCUGCCACCUGUUGAGACCGAGCACUCAGUUCCUGAGGACAUCUUUGACACAAGGCCCAUUUGGGAUGAGUCUAUUGAGACUCUGAUUGAACGCAUCCCUGAUGAAAAUGGCCAUGACCAUGCUGAAGAUCCACAGGAUGAGCAGGAACGGAUCGAGGAAAGGCUGGCUUAUAUUGCUGAUCACCUUGGCUUCAGCUGGACAGAAUUAGCAAGAGAACUGGAUUUCACUGAGGAGCAAAUUCAUCAAAUUCGAAUUGAAAAUCCCAACUCUCUUCAAGACCAGAGUCAUGCACUGUUGAAGUACUGGCUAGAGAGGGAUGGGAAACACGCUACAGAUACGAACCUCAUUGAAUGUCUCACCAAGAUCAACCGAAUGGAUAUUGUUCAUCUCAUGGAGACCAACAUGGAACCUCUCCAGGAGCGCAUCAGUCAUAGUUAUGCAGAAAUUGAACAGACCAUUACACUGGAUCAUAGUGAAGGGUUCUCGGUACUUCAAGAGGAGUUAUGCACUGCACAGCACAAGCAGAAAGAGGAACAAGCUCUUUCUAAAGAAAGCGAGACCUGCGAUCACCCUCCUAUCGUCUCAGAGGAAGACAUUUCUGUUGGUUAUUCCACUUUUCAGGAUGGCAUCCCCAAAACUGAAGGGGACAGCUCAGCAACAGCACUGUUUCCCCAAACUCACAAGGAGCAAGUUCAACAAGAUUUCUCAGGGAAAAUGCAAGACCUGCCUGAAGAGUCAUCUCUGGAAUAUCGGCAGGAAUAUUUUGUGACAACUCCAGGAACAGAAGCAUCAGAGACUCAGAAGGCUACGACAGUACCUGGCUCUCCCAGCAAGACACCUGAGGAAGUUAGCACCCCUCCAGAGGAGGACAGGCUGUACCUCCAGACCCCAACAUCCAGUGAGCGGGGAGGCUCUCCCAUCAUACAAGAACCCGAAGAGCCCUCAGAGCACAGAGAGGAGAGCUCUCCGCGGAAAACCAGCCUCGUAAUAGUGGAGUCUGCCGAUAACCAGCCAGAGACCCGUGAAAGACUCGAUGAAGAUGCAGCUUUUGAAAAGGAGCUAACAGAGGAAUUAGGGGAGCUGGAGGCCAGCUCAGAUGAGGAGGCGAUGGUAACUACCAGGGUUGUCCGCCGGCGAGUGAUUAUUCAGGGAGACGAUAUGCCCGAAAUACCCCCAGAAACAGUCACAGAAGAAGAAUACAUUGAUGAGCAUGGACACACCGUGGUAAAGAAGGUUACUAGGAAAAUCAUUAGGCGGUACGUAUCCUCUGAAGGCACAGAGAAAGAAGAGAUUACGGUGCAGGGAAUGCCACAGGAACCUGUCAACAUCGAGGAAGGGGAUGGCUAUUCCAAAGUUAUAAAGCGUGUUGUAUUGAAGAGUGACACCGAGCAGUCAGAGGUCACUUUGUGUGAGCCCAGCAUUUUGUCCAGUACCUCACAAUUUCAGGCUGAGCCAGUGGAAGGCCGUAGAGUCAGCAAAGUUGUUAAAACAACUGUGGUACGUGGAGAGAGGAUGGAGAAACAUCUGGGGGAUUCUAGUUUAGCCACUGAUCUUCCUUCAGCCAAAGAUGACUUUGAAGAGGCUUUGAGUUACACAGGUAGCCACAUGAAAGUCCACUUGCCCAGUUUAGUAGAGAAUGAAAUCCUGAAAGAGGAUGGAUCAAUAAUUAAAAGGACAACAAUGAGUAAAGCCAUUACACAGAAGAGGGCUGUGGUGAAGGACCAGCAUGGAAAACGCAUUGACUUGGAGCACCUGGAGGAUGUACCAGAAGCACUAGACCAGGACGACCUCCAGCGCGAUCUCCAGCAGCUCCUUCGGCAUUUCUGCAAGGAGGACUUGAAGCAAGAGGCCAAGUGAGGGGCUGCCCAGUUCUCACACCAGAAACCACACAUUCACUCAAUAUGCAGCUUCCUGUUUCAGUAGAGGAGUGACCUAACUGGCCUAAUUAAUGGGAUACCCCGACAUUUCCACUGUUAGCAAAUAUACGGCAUUUUGUUUUAGUUUUCCCCCAUCCUCUUUAACUAUAAAGCUAAUUUGUGACCAAAGAUGGCAUCCUUCAUACUGGAUGCUGUAUCCAAUACUUUGUUGUGUCUGUGCUAACCUGGGAACUGGCCACCUCCAUUGUUCUUUGCUUCUGCACAAGAUCCAUGAAAAUCCAUUGAUCAGAAGAACUUCACCUGCAGACCUCUUCAAGUGACACUAUAUAGGAAUCCUUCCAAGGGAUAUCUAUGUACAAUGUAUAUAGUUGAAAUGCUCAGAUGAACAACAUAUUAAAAUUAAAACCACUGCCUAUUGUAACUACACUGGGCAUCAGAAUAAAAGGCCUCUAGAAAUUGCUGAACAAUGGUUAAUUAAGAUAUUGCUAACACAAUCGAGUGAUAAUAUAGUUUUACUGCAAAAGAAGCACUUCAGACCUAUUAUGUCCUUAGAACUUCCAGAGUAGCCACUGCUCCCAGUUAAAGGUGGGUUAACAGCCUUGCAGAACUGUCCUGAGACAGUAUUGCUGGUGCUGGCCAGCCAUGGCUUAGGACUCUCCAACAGCCACUCUGAGGGAGGGGAGAAGGGAGCAGAGGCCACACAAUGAAACGAUGGGGUAUUCAGUUGCUAGCAGCUACAUUGUGUGGCAUUCUAGCAUCUUCAGGUCUUUAGAUUUUGGACAAGUUUUGGCAGGGUAUUUUAAAAGCUAUAACUACUGUAGUUUUCCAGUUUUCAUUGCUGCUUUAGCAAACCACGCUGUCUUACUGGUGGUACUUUCUUCUGGCCACUGCACUGUAGAUAAUUCAUUGGAAACAAGAUUUACUCACUACAUAAAAGGUUAAACUCCUUCAGUAUGUUGGAGUGGUUUCUUUUCUUUUUUUUUCUUUUCUUUUUUUUUUUUUCAGGUUUAUAUCUUCUCUAAUACCUGCAUGUGGCAUUUAAAAAUCAAGACCACGGUCAAACCCCUCUUCUAAUCACAUUAAUUGUUUCCAUUCUUUUUACCCUGAGUGAGCACUUUUGACUUUCCAGCUAGGUCUGUUUUUCAGCUUGCAGACGAGAUUGAGAAAUCCUUGAAAAUUUGGUUUUGGUUAAAAUUUUUGGUUUAUUUAUUUGAAAUCCACACUCCCCUGGAAACUCUUAAGUGCAUUUGUGCACUUCUGUUUGUUUGUCUCAAAGAAGGGACUGUAACAAUCUGAGUAAUUUCCAUGUCCUCUUCCUAUUCCUCUAGUGGUUGAAGCUGUGUAGCAUUUUAACAUAUAUAUAUUCACAAAUAUAUUCAUAUAAACAGUAUACAUUUUGAAUCAGUCAUUUGUUAAAGAAAAGUAUAUUCAAUGAAGAUGAAAUUUAAAUAAAAAAGGACAGAGUCUAUCCUCCAGGGAUUGAACAUUUUCCAAUUAUCUGGUCUUUUCCUGUUGUGCAAAAAUGACUCAUUGCUCCGAAUGUCAAAAACAAAUGCGACAAACAAUGGCACUUCAUCAUUUAAAGUAAUGUUGCCAAGAGAAAAAAUUUCCUGGGAGGGAGGUUUCCCACAAGCCAAAUCUCCCCAGCCUCAAAUGCUAGCACUUUUUGGCAGUUGGAUAGGAAAUGAAACAUUCUUUGGCAGCCAAAAUAAGAGAGGCCGAUGGUGAAACUUUUUGAGACACCCUAUGGCCUUCUUGUCAAAACCUUCACUGGAGCUCAAGAAAAGCAUUUCUGUUGUGUUAUUUGCAGUGCAGAUGAUGUCUGUGUAACAACAUAAUGGUUAUUCACCCUUUUUUGAUUUUGAUUUUUGCUGUGUUAUCAAAAACUUGAAUACUGUGAGAAGAAGUGAAUUUUCAGUUGACGAAUCAGCAUCUUGUUCCCAUGGUGAUAACACUAAUUGAAUAUAUCUAUGAGGGCAUGUAUUAGUUAAUGGAAAAAAAAUACAACACUAACAAUACAUAGCUGCAAUGUGUACAAUGGCUGAUUUAAUUAAAUAAAAUGUACAAGUGUUAAAUGUGG